ACAAGUGUGGGGACUGGUUUUGUUGUUGUGCCGCUAUUUCCGUCACGUACAACGAGGAGCUACAUCAAAUGUGCAGUUAAACCUUUUUAUGUGAUACUCGCGUAUGUUUAGUGAAUGUCUGGAUAUUUCUAACACCGUAUUGCAGAACGAAAUGAUGCUCCUGGGGCCGGUUUAGAUUAAAAUAUAUGAAGCCUGUGUCUGUGAGUGCACAAGUCCUUCUCCCUGAAAACGUCUGUGGUGUGUGCGUAGGUUACAGAGGUACUGACGGGCAGCAAUGUCGCUCUAUGAUGACCUCGGUGUGGCAGCCAGUGACACCAAAACCGAAGGCUGGUCCAAGAACUUCAAGCUGCUGCAAUCCCAGCUGAAGGUGAAGAAGGCAGCUCUGACCCAGGCCAAGACCCAGCGGAUGAAGCAGACCACUGUUUUGGCUCCUGUCAUUGAUCUAAAGAGAGGAGGCUCCAGUGAUGAGCGACAGAUCAUAGACACUCCUCCACACACUGCUGCUGGACUCAAGGACGCCGUGCCCAGUGGUUUCUCCUCUGGCGAUGUACUAAUCCCGUUGGCGGAUGAGUAUGACCCGAUGUUCCCCAACGACUAUGAGAAGGUGGUGAAGCGACACAGGGAAGAACGGCAGCGGCAGAGGGAGCAGGAGCGACAGAAGGAAAUUGAGGAGAGAGAAAAGAAGAGGAAAGACCGGCACGACGGUGGAGCUCCAAGUGGUUUCUCUCGUUUCCCAGCAGCAGAGGGUGACUCAGAUGAAGAGGAGGAGUAUGAGAAAGAGCGGAGGAAGCGAAGUAUGGGUGGAGCAGCCAUUGCUCCUCCUUCAUCACUUGUGGACAGAGAUGGCUCGUCUUCAUACUCCUACGAGGAUGAAGGUCGUCCUGCCAGAGGCUCGAAGGCUGCCAUCCCUCCACCUAUGUAUGAGGACUCAGACCGGCCUCGUUCACCGCCCGGACCAACCAGCUCCUUUUUGGCCAACAUGGGAGGUACGGUGGCCCAUAAGAUCAUGCAGAAGUACGGCUUCAAAGAGGGCCAGGGCCUGGGGAAGCACGAACAGGGCCUCAGCACGGCGCUGUCUGUGGAGAAGACGAGCAAGAGAGGUGGAAAGAUCAUCAUAGGUGACGCUGCAGAAAAACCAGGGUCCAGCCUGUCAGGUGUUGCUGAGACUUCAGGCGGAGGCUCUGCAGCGGACGCUUCCAAGAAGACAGAGGCAAACCCGCUAACAGAGAUCCUCAAAAACCCAACCAAAGUGGUUCUGCUGAGGAACAUGGUGGGCCGAGGAGAAGUGGAUGAGGACCUGGAGGGAGAGACAAAAGAAGAGUGCGAGAAAUACGGCAAAGUGGUUAAAUGUGUCAUUUUUGAGAUCGCUGAUGUUCUAGAUGAUGAAGCUGUCAGGAUAUUCCUGGAGUUUGAGAGGGUGGAGUCAGCCAUCAAAGCCGUGGUGGACCUGAACGGACGUUAUUUCGGCGGGCGAGUCGUCAAGGCCUGCUUCUACAACCUAGACAAGUUUCGAGUUUUGGAUCUCGGUGAACAGGUCUGAUGUCUCUCCAACACCAACAGACUCUAUGAACACACAUCAUCUCCCUAACUUGUACAUAAACCUUUUUUAUAUUUCCUGAACAGCAGUGAAGUAUCUGAAUGUAGCGUUGAUGAGUCCACCUUGUAGAUGAUUGCUUUUUUUUCCUGUGAUGAAAAAUAUCUUUAUGUCAAGACAAAAUAAAUGGUCUAAACUA